GUCGUAAAUGAAAUUUGUAGUUGAUGUUGGUUAAGCCCAUGAAUUUGACAGGCUUUCCGAUAGCACGCAUGGGACUCGAGGAACCGCUUUGAAUUUCGAGACCCAGUAGCCUUUGCGUAAUAGAAAAAGUCGACCAUCGCUUGACGGUCUGAAAAGUGGUUUAGUUCAAUCUGUUCUGUCGUCGUGUGAACAUCGCUAAAAAAAAAAAAAAAAAGCCAAAAACUAAAAGUCAAAAGAAAAAAUUUGAAGAAAAAAUUUGAAGAAAAAUCGUGCAAUCUGAAAAGUGAAAAACUGAAGAACUUAAACAUGGAAUUGCCGUCGAUGGUGGAGCGUUCUGGUGGCCGCUUGGUGGUGCGCAGUCUGGUGAGUGGUGCCACAGUCUUUCAGACAGCAAUGGAGGAGAGCGAGGCAGCAGCGGCAGAGAGUGCCGAUCCGUUGGCCACGCAUCCCCUGGUCAGCGCCGAGAUGCUCGAGCGCCAGCUGCAGCUGCUCAACAAUCAGGCAGCAACUGCUCAGCCGCAGCCGCUGAUGGCGCCGUCGGCCAUGCCCAAGGCGGAGCAGGAGGACGGCUGCAAGGAAUCAUCGGUGGCCAUGCUGGAGUCGCGGGCCGAGGAGGAGCUGCCGCAGUGCAAGAUCAGGCGCAACUACAGCUGCAAUGCGUGCGCCUUCUUCACGCAGAAUCCGCGCAGCCAUUUGUCGCACCUGCGCGACGUGCACGGCGAGAAGAUCGUGAUAAACGAGUGCAAGCUCUGCCUGUAUGCCUCGCGCCACUUCCAGAAACUGGUGCGUCACAUGAAGAUGGUGCACGGCUGCUCGGACGAUGACAGCAAUGGCUUGGCCGGCAGACGCCACUGCAAUCGGGAGGCGCGUAAGCGUCGUCUGGAGGAGAGCAUCGAGGCGCCAACUGGGAUGCCAGCCCCAAUGCAGCCGAUUGCUGCUGCACCUGUAGUACCGCUACCACUGCCACUGCCACUGCCACUACCCCUUGCACUGUCACUGCCCAAUCCAAUUGAUGCCGACCAGAGUGGAGCAGCGCUGGCUGGGCCCUCGCUCAAGCAGCUGAAGAGCGAGCUGCAGCUGCAGGAGCAGCAGCUGUUGAGCAAUGUGGAGGCGUUCAAUCGCCAGCAGCAGUUGCAGCAUCUGCAGCAGAUGGUCUCUCGCAGCGCCAACAUCUUCUCCAUGGCCUUUGAGUUUCAGAUGUGCAUGCUGAUGCCGGCGGCAUCGUCCGUCCAGCCGAGCGAUCGACGCGUCGAGCAGCUAGACCGUGAGCCGGCGACCACCAGCUCGGACUCGGAGGCGUCUCCGCAGGCCGAUGAGUGUGUGACACCCGAGGCGCUCGAUCUGUCAGCCAGCGGCUCCUCGGUCACCCAGUAUCAGUGCCAGAAGUGCUCGUACAGCACACCGAUCCGGGCACGCUUCAAGAAGCACGUCAAGUAUCAUUCGAUGCCGCUGAUCAAGUGCGCCUCAUGUGACUUUCAUUCGCCCUACAAGUGGAACCUGGACAGGCACACCAAGAACCAUGGCGCCAAUGGCUACUUCAAGUGCACCGUUUGCGACUUCAGCACCAACAUCAAGCAAUCGCUGACCAUACAUGAGCUCAACCACCAUGUGGGUCGACGGUUGGCCUCGCAGGAGCAGCAGCAAGUGCAACAUAAGGCAGCAGGAGCAACUGCACUGGACUCGUCAACUGAUCAGGCAGAACCAAUGGACUCGGAAUCAAUGGACCCUAAACCCGUCAUGGAAGCAGUUGGCUCUAGUUCUGGCUUGCCGCUGUCCGAGCUGCCGCCCAUCAGCUGCUCACACUGCCAGCAGCGCGUGCCCAACGCCAUGGAGCUGAUCAGCCAUCUGCAGCAAUGCGAGCCGGCGCUGCGAAACACCACGCAGCUGGCCUGCGACAUAGAUUUGACCGGGGACGAGGACAUUCGUGGUACUAGCGCUGAUCUGAGUUAUUGUGGUGUCGAGACGGCACCCGGCUAUGGCGAGGUCACGGAGCAACUGCAGCCGGAGGACUCGGAUGCCCUCAAGAAGGUCUUCAAGUGUCCGCAUUGCACAUUUUGGGCAGCGACCGCCUCGCGCUUCCACGUCCACAUCGUGGGCCACCUGAAUCGCAAGCCGUUCGAGUGCUCAUUGUGCUCGUACCGCUCCAACUGGCGCUGGGACAUCACCAAGCACAUUCGUUUGAAGGCCAUGCGCGACAAGUCGCACACCCAGGCGCAGGUGCUGAUGAACGAUGAGACGGGCAGACGCAACUACGCCAAGUACAAUCAAUAUUUGACCCUUAUGAAGGUCAGCGCCGAGCAGGCAGCCGAUGCCAAGACCAUGCGCUGCGGCGAAAUGCAGACCAUCAGUCUGGAGCAGCAGCAACAGCUGCUCGGAGCUCAUCCCCAGCUCGAGGAGGAUAAUCUAGAGAUUCAGGACUCAAGCACGGAUUCCUUGGCGGCCCUCGACUUGCGUGUAUCCAGCAAGUCUCACGCGGACCAGACCCCAGCUCAGACCAAUGAACGCUCCAUGGAACGCAGCCAUUCGACACAGAAGCAAAAGCACAGCAAGACAAGCGGCAAAUCCAACAAACAUUCACAUAAGGGAUAACUCUCAUCACAAGCAAGAAUAUUAC